AUAUACUAUGCGACUAGAUAUACGUAUAUAAUAGAACAAAGAACGUUUAGAAAAUUAUAUAAAUUUAUUAUAGCAAGAGUAAAACAUAUACGUAUUUGUUUCUCUUUCAGUGAUAAAAUUUUACGUAUUACUCGUUAAUAAUUGUUUGAGAUUAUACAGUAAAUGGAUAACACCUUUAUCUAAAAACUUUAUGGCGUCGUAUUUAUAAACAUUGCUGAUCAAAACAAGUGUGACAUUUAAGCAUUUACUGCGAAUUAUCCGACUAAGAAAGUCAAGAAAUAUUACCAUAUUCUAGUUAAAAUGAAUACGACUUUUCUAUAUGUUUUCACCAUUUGCGCUUCAAUGUUUGAGGUUACAUCUCUGGUGCUUUUUCCGGAUAUUCAAAUGAUUGAAAAAUUUAUAUCAAACAAUCAUCAUAUUUCUAAUAAUGAAACAUACAAUCCAUACGUCGAUCUUAAUACCCCGCAAAUUAUACAAAAAGAAGGUUAUUCUUCCGAAGCACAUAUCAUAUCUACGGAGGAUGGCUAUCUUUUGACACUUCAUCGAAUUCCGGGAAAAUUCAAAUCACAUCCAGUAUUGGUACAACAUGGUUUAUUAUCAAGUUCUGCUGAUUGGGUACUUUCUGGCCCAAAAAAGAGUCUUGCUUUUAUAUUAGCUGAUCAUGGAUAUGAUGUAUGGCUUGGUAAUUUUCGUGGUAAUACUUAUUCAAGAGCACAUAAAAAUUUAUCAAUAAAAGAUUCAAGAUUUUGGGAUUUUAGUUGGCAUGAAAUGGGUAUAUAUGAUCUACCAGCAAUGAUAUCAUAUAUUACAAAUCUGAAACAAAGCAACUUGACAUACAUUGGUCAUUCUAUGGGAACAACAACAUUUUAUGUAAUGUCUACUCUGAUACCAGAUAUUGCUAGCAGGGUUCAAAUGAUGUUUAGUCUUGCACCAGUUGCUUACAUGGAACACAUGAAAAGUCCUUUGCGUUUGUUAGCUCCUUUUGCACAUGAUUUAAAGUUGAUUAUAGAUAUUCUAGGUAAAGAUGAAUUUCUCCCACAUAAUAAGUUAAUAGAAUAUUUUGCCAAAUAUGGUUGUGAUAUUAAUAUCUUGGAACAUGAAAUAUGCAGUAAUAUAUUAUUUGCCCUUUUUGGAUUUGAUAAAUCUCAAUUCAAUUAUACAUUAAUACCUGUAAUUUUUGGACAUGAGCCAGCUGGUGCUUCAACUAAAACAAUAGUGCAUUAUGCACAAGAAAUACAAUCUGGGAAGUUUCAGCAAUUUGAUUAUGGUCCAGAACAAAAUCUAAAAAUUUAUAAUAGUGUAGAACCACCUGAUUAUGAUACAUCUAAUAUUUCAGUACCUAUGGUAUUAUAUUAUGCCAGCAAUGAUUGGUGUGCUAGUGUUACAGAUGUCCUUAGAUUGUCAAGAAAGUUAAGUAAUGUUAUUAAUCUGUACAAGAUACCUUAUAUACAGUUUAAUCAUCUGGAUUUUUUGUGGGCUAUAGAAGCCCCAGAGUUAGUUUAUUAUAAAAUAUUAAAUACAAUGAAAGAUAGCUAUUUCUUGAUUGAUUUAUAUGAAGAAAAAAGUAAGCAAUAUAUUGUUAUCAAGAUGAGGAAGAUUUUUGUAUAUUUUUUCAACAUCUACACUCUUGUCAAGAUGAUCGUAUGCUUGGAGAUGGUUUCUAUAAACGACGAACAAAUGGAGAAAUAUAUGUUCGAUAAUUACAUUCAGUUUAAUACAGAAUUGAAUCCGGAUAUCAAUCUUAGUACGGACAAGUUGAUAAAGAAAUACGGUUAUUCUUCUGAAACACAUGUUGUAAUAACUGAAGAUGGUUAUCUUUUGACGCUUCAUCGAAUUUCGGGAAAAUCCGGAUCACAUCCUAUAUUAAUACAACAUGGCUUAUUAACAAGUUCUGCUGAUUGGGUUAUUGCUGGCCCAAAGAAGGGUCUUGCCUAUUUAUUAGCCGAUGAGGGGUAUGAUGUAUGGCUUGGUAAUUUUCGCGGUAAUACGUAUUCAAGAGCACACAAAAGUUUAUCGACGAAAGAUCCGAGAUUUUGGAAUUUUAGUUGGCAUGAAAUGGGUAUAUAUGACCUACCAGCAAUGAUAUCACAUAUUACAAAUCUAAAACAAAGUAAUUUGACAUACAUUGGUCAUUCUAUGGGAACAACAGCACUUUACGUAAUGUCAAUUAUGAGACAAGACAUUGCUAAUAAAGUCCAAAUGGCGUUUAGUCUUGGGCCAGCUAUUUACGUGACUCAUAUGAAAAGUCCUAUUCGAUUUUUAGCGCCUUUUUCUCGUAAUUUGCAGUUUCUCGCACGUUUCCUAGGCCAAAAUGAGUUUCUUCCACAUAGUAAUUUAAUAAACUUUCUUGCUAAAUUUGGUUGCGAUCUGACUUCUUUGGGAACUUCGAUAUGUAGUAACAUAAUUUUUUUAAUUGCUGGAUUUGAUAAACCUCAAAUGAACACUACGUUAUUACCUGUAAUUUUGGGUCAUGCGCCAGCUGGAUCUUCAACUAAAGCAGUGAUACAUUAUAUGCAAGAAGUAAAUUCUGGAAAGUUUCGACAAUUUGAUUACGGCCUGCUGAAAAAUUUAAAAAUUUAUAAUAGUAUUGAACCACCUGAUUAUAAUAUAUCUAAAAUUUCAGUACCUAUCGCAAUAUAUUAUGCCGAAAACGAUUUGCUUGUUGAUGUUGUGGAUGUUUUUCAGUUAUCAAUGGAAUUAAAAAACGUCGUUGAUAUGUACAAAAUACCAUAUAAAAAUUUUAAUCAUUUGGACUUCAUGUGGGCUAUAGAAGCCCCGAAAUUAGUUUAUAGUAGAAUAUUAAAAACAUUAAAAGCUAGAGUAUAAAUAUUGAUAAAAUUUAUAGCAUUGAUAGAUAUAUACAAAUUUUCCUUUUUUUUCAA